GAUUAUUUCCAUGCUGCGUACACAUUUGCACAACAAUUAACCACCGCUUUAUCAAAAUUGACCUUUUGCCAACUUAAAGUAAAUAUACAAUGCCCAACAUCAGUGCGAUUGUAGAUGUCUCAAUUAGAUCAGUUUUCGAGCUCAUGUUACACGAUUUAAAACGUAAUUUUCUGUGAUAACGAACGGACGUUUUUAGAAAAAUUAUCCACGUGAAAUGGCUCUACCCAGGUUGUUCGUUCGCGCCAGGAGUUUGGCUCAGAAAACGACAGUUUUUAACAACAAUUAUAAUAGGUUAAUUCAUACGUCAAAUACGUCACUUGCAGAACGUCUUUUCACACAAAAACACGAAUGGGUGACAGUUGAUGGAAAUAUUGGAACUGUUGGUAUCUCAAAAUACGCUCAGGAAGCGCUAGGUGACGUUGUAUACGCCCAAUUACCAGAAGUAGGAACAGAUUUAAAGCAAGGAGAUGAAUGUGGUGCCCUUGAAAGCGUUAAAGCAGCCAGUGAAGUGUACAGCCCUGUCUCAGGAAAAGUGACAGAAAAAAACUCAGCUGUUGAGGACACCCCUGGGCUUAUUAACACAUCUUGCUACGAUAACGGAUGGCUGUAUAAGCUCGAAUUAAGCAAUGCAAGUGAGCUAAAAGAAUUAUUAAACGAAGCUAAAUACACAGAGUUCCUAAAGACUCAAGAAGAGCAUUGAAAAGUUACAGUAUAAUAUUUAUAUUAAAUAAAUAAAGUUAUUUGUUUG